AUGCAUUGCUCAGAACUUCUUUUGGACAACUUCUCAAUAUUUGGAGAGGAGAGGCUUCUGUCAGGUCACUCUGCCAUAAAGCCCCGGCUGGUGGAGGGCUGCAGUGAUGGUCUGGACCUGACGAUUUUCAGCAUGACCAGUCCAGGAAUGGCCUUGCUGUUCACCCCCGAGACAGAUUGUGUUCUGGUGGGGGACAGUGAGGGGCAGGUCCCUGUGUACGAGCCGAAGAACCUGCCAGAUGGAGGCAGCACACAGAUGGAGAAUUUGGAGGAUGUAAUCCGGUCCACACUGUCCAGUCAACACACAUUAGGAAAGACUGACGGAGACACAUACUGUAGGAGGGUCAGGCUGUUUGUCUUGACCUCUCCAUCAUCAUAAUCUUUAUUCUCUGGCAGACUGAGCGACUCCAUUUACACAACAGUGGGUUUACAGCACAUUGCCUGU